AUGAAUUUCUUAUUUGCUAUCACACUUUUGUUCGUCUGUGUCAUCGCAUCUUUUGCCCAAAAAUGUAAGUAAUUAUUCCGAAACUUUUCUAGUUAGUAUUCUAGUCUUUCACGGAAGUUAAACCUAUAUUUUGAAAGAAAAAUGUUGCGUUUCAGCCAAAGGCUCGCCAGAAUAUAUUCAACAACAACCUGCGUAUGAUUCUGAUAACAAUCACGAAGCUUUGAACAAAGUUAGCGCACAACUUUUGACUGUUUUAGCCGAGAUUGAAAAUAUGCAAGAGGGAAAUCAACAAUUGAAAAUGGCAGCUGAGAAACGACGAAACAAGUUCGAAUUCAUUCGAUUCGGCAGAAAAUAA